GCUGUUGGUCUACUUGUUAUAAAUAUCAGUGUUAAAAAUCCGUCAGUACGAACUAUUUGAUUGAAUAAAGAACUUUCGUACAUAGUUCACUGUUAAAAGCUAGAGAGAUGUUACAUGUUUUAAUGGAUCUUUCCGCGUGUCACGCCGUAACUUUAAUUCUUCUUCAAUUGUUGGCCGGGUUCGCGAGCAGCCAGAUGUACAACCACACCAGAUCUAUCUUGAGCGAGAAACUGAGCAAGGAUGUGUACCACACGGAGGUCAGGCCGAAGAGGAAUCAGAGCGAAGUCUUGGAAGUCAACUUCAAGUUUUAUCUGGAGUCCCUGGUGGAGGUCAACGAUGUCUCCCAAGACUUUAUUGUCAACGGUUUUCUGGCCAUGGCCUGGUACGACGAGUUAGCUGUAUGGGACCCUAAAGACUACGGAGGUAUUGAGCUUGUACACCCGUUGCCAGAGAAUAUUUGGAGACCGAGAAUAGUGCUCAUGAACACAAAAGGAGAGAGAGAUAUAUUUGGAGAAGCUAAAGCACCUACAAGCUUGUUCUACAACGGCUACGUCUACUACGUCCCUGGCUCUGUGUUCCACACUUCCUGUGAGAUGACCUUGGUCAAAUUUCCAUUCGACGUCCAGAACUGUUCCAUCGAGUUUGUGGCUAUGAAUCAAAAUGUGGAAGAGCUUCAAUUUGUCCCUGAAGACCAGACAGGAGUUGAAAUGAGGCUUUUCAUCCCUCAUGUCGAAUGGGAUAUCAUGAGUACGCAUGUUGAAAGGACGAACAUAAGAGAUCCACCAAUCAGUUAUCAAACUGUUCAAAUUUCCUUCUUAAUCAAGAGAAGGCCUGACUUCCUUCUACUGAACACAAUUUUACCGGUUGUCUUUCUUUCAUUUCUCAACAUUAUGGUUUUUAUCAUCCCCGCUGAAUCUGGAGAAAAAAUUGGGUUCGGUAUAACAGUACUUCUAGCGCUGGCUGUAUUUCUCAGUAUGGUCAGUACCAUGCUGCCAAGGUCUUCUAAUUCAUUGCCCAAAAUUACGAUCUUUUUAUUUCUCCUGUUAGUCAUUUCCUUGUUGACUGUAGUGGACAGUAUCAUCAUUGUGUAUCUUCAUCACCUGGAAGAGAGAGAAGGUAAACUUCUCCGAGCUCAAAAGAACUACAAGAGCUCGGCCAAUAAAAUUCGGAUAUUUACAAAAGCCGUAACAAGGCCUGAUUGCAGUCAAACCAAAAGUCAAGAAAAUGGAGAUGGCAGCCCGGUUGAGGUCAUCUCUUCCAAACUGUUUGAAACCUCAUUGCCUGUUGUGGUCAGUGAUGACCAUGGGGCAGCAGGCAAAAUCAAGUCGGCUACUAAAGUUCAAGAAAUAGAGCUAAACAAGUAUCGAUUAAUUGGAAAAUAUAUCGAUCUUGUCUCUUUUAUUAUAUUUCUAAUUAUUUGGAUUUGUGUGACCACUAGUUUUAUGCUGGACAUCAUAUCUGUCCCUCAUGUCUAGAAACUGACACAUUCUCUAUGAUAAAAAUUUUUUAUGAAUUUUUUAAAUUAAAACAAAGAUUCCUUCUUUUUAAGAAUUACUUCGCAAUAUAGAAAAAAAAUUUGGCUACAUAGCUACAAUGGGUGUAUUUGAUUUAUGAUUUUGACAAAUUCACACUAGGAGUUGUCACAUUGAAGACUUUCAUUUGAACAUUGAAAACCAGAGACAGAAAGUUGUUUUUUUUUUAAUAUAUUCAAUUUAUGUUUCUUUUUAUGGAAAGAAAAUUUUGAUGGGGUUAACUAUCUCCCAUUUUUAUGUGAAGAUUUCGUCUUGAGAAGACAAUGGCGGGCUUACUUUCAGCUUGUCACAGAAAAGAACUAAAGAGCAUAUCGAAUGAAGAGCUCUAUGGUAACUGUAUAUCAGCUAAUUUAAAGCCAGGGAGUAACAAGCAACAGAAAUAAGAAAACUAUUUAAAAGCGAAGCUUAUCAAAGGCAAAGAAACGGUAAAUACUGCCUGUUAUCUCUAAACAUUACUUGGUUUGUUCUGUUUUCACAGAGAGUAAAUAAAGUACUGUAGGCGAUUUA